UGUUCUAAAAUACAGACCCACGUGUUCUUCAACCGCUUCUGCCUAAAUCUGUGGAUACUGUUUUUGAGGUUGUGUUUUCGGCGUUGAAAAUUAAUUCCGUUGCGAAUAAAAAAUGACGAAGAAAGAAAAGGUCGUGAUAAAAAUCGAACCCGAUGAUACGUUGGAUGGAGCCGACGGCGACACGUCGAUCGUAAAAGGAAGUAGCUACGAAGAGAAAUUGAACAACGUUAGCAUCAUAGCUAACCCCAUGGCGUCGAAAAAGUUGACCAAGAAAAUUUACAAGCUAAUAAAAAAAGCAUCGAAGCACAAAACAUUUUUGCGCAACGGACUCAACGAUGUUCAGAAACACAUCAGAAAAGGAGAAACUGGGCUGGUCGUUUUUGCUGGUGACGUAACUCCGAUAGAAAUAAUGUGUCACUUACCUGCCGUUUGCGAGGACAAAGACAUUCCGUAUUGUUACACACCUAGUCGGCAAGAUAUCGGAGUAGCGAUGGGCGUCAAACGUGGUAGUCUAAUGGUUCUGAUCAAAGAAAAUCCCGAGUACAAAGAACUUUACGACGAGGUGAAAAAGGAAAUGGUGAAAUUGGCAUUGCCGUUGUAAAUAAUUUCGUUUGACAAUUCUAUUAUUCCAAGUUUGAAGUACGUUGUAAGUCGUCUAUUAAUAUGGGGAUAUUUUUUUAUUCGUAAACGAAGUCGGAUGCCGAAUGAAUUUGUUGAGAGUAUUUUUUUUUCUCUUCUUUUGUUCUGCAAAUUAUGAAAAGCAUAGAAUAAAAUAAUGUGCAGGCUGAUGGCUUGGACAAAAAUCAGUAAAUAACAAGAAAAAAAAAACAUAAAUAAAUAAAAACGAAAAUAUUACUUCGAAUGAUGUUUUUAUUACGAAAUUUUCUACUCCUACAUUUCUAUACCUUAAAUUAUGUAUGCAGUAUGAGUACAUUUUACACGUAUGCAUGAUUAGUUCACAAUCUUACCCAUCGGGUUUUUCAUAUUCUUUAUUCUCUAAAUUAAAUCUUACGUACGGAGUCGCGUUUCAAUAAUUUUUCUCAUGCGAUUCUUAUUUGCUUUUCAAUUAUUAUUAAUCGAAUCAGCAGCCAAAAAGUUAAAACAUUUGACUUUUAUUUUUCUCAUUAGCUAAUUGGCUGGCUGUUGAUUAUUAUUACAGUACGAUAGUUUACCUCUUUUCUUGGAACGAAAUUGAAUACAAGUUUAACGAAAUAGGCGGGUAAUUGUUAUUAUUAUUACUAUUAUUAUUGUUAUUUGGUAUUGUUAAACCAGUUUCAUAUACAUAAUUAUAUCGUACGAGAGCACCAUAUGUCAACGAUGAUUAUAUCCGAAGUCCUCUCAUCGUGUUUUAAGAGAAAUGAAACCUAAGAGCAUACAUUUUCAAGUUUAUUUAACGCGAUCGUGAUAUUAAAUAGUAACAACGAUAACGGUUGUAGAAAAAAUUCAGUAGACUGUAAUCACGUGAUCUGGGUACCGAUUUGUGUAAAAAUUAGAUUGUCACCUUUGGUGAUGAUUAUUCAAUUGAUAAAAGAAGCGCCCAAUCAUCCGAUGAUGUAUUUUUUUCAUUCUCGUUUCAAUCGAAAUGCGUAGUUAUAAUCCUAG